AUGUUUAAUUGUAAUGGACAAUUUGUACAAGAAUUAUCACAAAGAUCAAAUUUGUCCAAUGAAAAUACAAUUAGAAGUUCUCAUAUUUUUGGAUCAUCUAAAGUUCGAUAUUCUUUUAUUCCAACUGAUGGAACUGAAAUUGGUAUUAGUGAUCUUAUUGAAGAAGUUUGUGCUGAUGACGGAUUAAUAGAUAUUAAUAAUAAAGAAAAUGAAUUAAAAGAUGAAUUAUUUAAAGAAAACUUAUCAGAAAGUCAACGUGAAAAAUCGUCACCGCAACGAACUUUUACACAAAUACAAACUUCAUCAACUUCAUCAACACCAACAGUGUCAUCAUUUUCUAAUAAUAAAGAAGAUUUUACACAAUUACAUCGAAUGUCACCAUCACCUUCACCUUCAAUAGUAGAAAAAAGAAGAAUAAGUGGAUGGCUUUUUAAACCUGAUGAAAUAUCAAAUGAAAUUAGAUCUGUGUUCGUGGAUAUUAAUGAUGAACUUGAUUGGUAA